UUCGGUGGCGUUUCCCAUUUAAACAAACAGUGCUGAAGAUGGCGGAGAGUUAAUGGUGUAAAGAAGAAAUUAUCGAUCCGAGAGACACACUCGUUCACAAGACUGCUACAUACCCUUCCUGUGAUCAAGAACGUCUUCUUCACCUCCAAGAUGAUGAAUGUUUGGAUCAUUAACCCAUCCUAAGACUUUAUUGACCAGCUCACAUAGGACCUCGCCCCCAGAGUUAGGGGAGGGUGGCAUCAAAUCGUCCGUCAUCUUGGCGUCAUCGAAAAGGUGUGAGCGGGAAAAGGGAGACCAGAAAGAGAGAAUGAAGAACAAAGAGAGGAGAGACACAAACACACUGUCAAAGGUGCUGAUAUGUGUACACGAUGAGUGGACUGGGGGAAAACUCUAUGGAGCCUCUGAGUUCAGAAAACCGGAAACGCAAGCUGUCCACUUGCGACACACCAGGUCUGGGGUGUGAGAGGAAGCGCCGGGAGCAGGAGAGCAAAUACAUCGAGGAGCUGGCGGAGCUGAUCUCUGCAAACCUGAGUGACAUCGAUAGCUUCAACGUCAAACCAGACAAAUGCGCCAUCCUUAAAGAGACGGUGCGUCAGAUCCGUCAGAUCAAGGAGCAGGGAAAAGCUUCAUCCAGCGACGAUGAUGUGCAGAAGUCGGACGUGUCCUCAACUGGUCAGGGUGUCAUCGAUAAGGACCACCUGGGACCACUUCUGCUGCAGGCCCUGGACGGCUUCUUGUUCGUGGUGAACCGGGAGGGUAGUAUUGUGUUCGUGUCGGACAACGUGACUCAGUACCUUCAGUACAAACAGGAGGAGCUCAUCAACACCAGUGUGUACAACAUUCUUCACGAAGAAGACCGGGAGGAGUUUCACAAGAACUUGCCCAAGACCAACAUAAAUGGAGUGCAGUGGGGAAGUGAGGCCGCUCGACAGAAGAGUCACACCUUCACUUGCCGGAUGCGGGUCAAGUUUGGUCACGCCCAUGGCCCAAUGGAGGAGGGACCGGGAGGACUGCGCUACGAGACCAUGCAGUGUUUUGCUCUUACUCAACCCAAGGCCAUGACUGAGGAGGGAGAAGACCUUCAGUCCUGUAUGAUCUGUGUGGCCCGUCGAGUCACAGCAAUGGAGAGAACGGAGAGUUUCAACACUCGUCAUGAGCUUUCAGGUAAACUGAUCCAGAUUGACCAGAACUCUCUGCGAGCGUCGAUGCGACCGGGCUGGGAGGAUUUGUUGAGGCGUUGCAUUCAGAUGUUCCUUCAGCACAGCGAGGGGCAGCCCUGGUCGCACAAACGCCACUACCAUGAGGCCUUUCUCCAGGGUCACGCGGAGACCCCCCUGUACCGCUUCUCCCUGUCUGACGGCACUCCAGUCACCGCCCAGACCAAAAGCAAACUGUACCGUCACCCCAUGAGCAAUGAGCCUCAGGGCUUCAUUUCCACUCACCUCCUUCAGAGGGAACCAAAUGGUUACCGCUCAGUGCCACCUGGUAACAUGAUGUCCAACAAUAUGCGGCAACAAGGCAUGAGCGGUGGCAACCCAAACGCCCAGAUGACUGUGAACCCAGCCGGGGGGAUGAGCAUGGGAGGCAUGGGCGGCAUGAACAGGGGCUUUGGCAUGAGCGAACAAGGCCACAUGGGUCCGAUGGGAGGCUCCAUGUACGGAGGGAACGGUGGAGGAGGAAGCAGCAGUGGAGGCAUGGGAAACCGCAUGAUGCAGAUGAAUGCCAUGGGACAGAUGAGUCAGGUGGGGCACAUGAAUCACCCAGGCCAAGGCAUGCACCCACAGCAGCCCCCGUUCCAGAACACCGGUGGGUUUGGGCUCAGCGGCAUGAACAGCCCGUCGGGGAGCCCCAGGAUGGGGGGCCCUCAGCAGGGACUCCUGAUGUCACCCCGCAACCGAGGGAGCCCCAAGACGGGUGCCAACCAGUUCUCCCCCGGAGGCAUACACUCACCCAUGAGUGGCAUGGGCAGUGGUGGAGGAAGCGGGGGGAGCACCUCCACCUUCUCUAGCAGCUCUCUUAAUGCACUACAAGCCAUCAGUGAAGGAGUUGGGAGCUCACUCCCCUCCACUCUAACAUCCCCCUCACCGGUCCACAUACCGGACAGCUCUCCCAGCAUCCACUCCUCCUCUUCCUCUCAACCCAGCCAACAGGCCAAACUAGGCCAAGACGGCUCCAAAAGUCCGGUGGGAGGGUUAGGGCCCGGACCCGGUGACCAUCACCUCCCUACCCACCAUCAUCAGCAUCCUCACGCCGAGAGCUCUGGAGACCGGCCGGACAGCCAGGCAGCUUCGGCGACGAAAGAGCCCGGAGAGGGAAGCAACGAGGCCGGAGCGGCGAACUCUGAAUCCCAGCGCAGGGUGGCAGACAGUAAGGGUCAUAAGAAGUUGCUGCAGUUGCUGACUUCUCCAACUGAGGAGCUGGGAAUAGGUGGCAGUGGGGCGACAGGACCUCCUUUACCCCCCACGCCCAACAGCAGCAGCACACCUGCGGGCCCCGACGGUAAGGACUCCUCCGGAGGCAUGACCAGCCCCUCGUCCACUGGAGUGUCCUCGUCUUCUUCAGGCGGGGCCGGUUCAGGUCUGGCAGCCGGCCAAAGCAGCGCAUCAGCCUCAAUCUCAUCAGCACACUACACGGGCUCACUGCAAGAGAAGCACAAGAUCCUCCACAAGCUCCUUCAAAACGGCAACACUCCAGAUGAAGUAGCUAAGAUUACAGCCGAGGCGACGGGAAAGUCGUCUCUCGGAGGCCAGGAAGGAGGGGAGGCCGGGGCCGGAGGUUCAGGGACAGUGUCAGGCUCUGGGUUGAUAGCAGACCCCAAACAAGAGCAACAUAGCCCCAAGAAAGAGAAGACCCACGCUCUCCUCCAUUACCUCCUCAACAAGGACGAUUCCAAAGAGCCUGUGGAUGUCAAGCCCAAACUUGAAGAAUUAGAGGGGAAGGCUCCAGGGGCCGCUGGCGGCCCUCCAUCUCACCAUCCUGAGAGCAAGAUCAAGUCAGAACCACCUGAUGAUUUACACAAUCUGGAGUCCAUACUGGGAGAUCUGAGAAGUUCAAGCUCUGACUUUUACCCUGAUCAGACUGGAGGUGGAGUGGCUAACAGAGCAGGAAACAAGCCACAGGGUUGCCUUGACGACGGCCUGCAGGGGAGUCCAGUAAUGGGUCCAGCACCUCGCGGGCCCUUCCAGAGGACCAUGUCCAUGGACGGGAAGUUACCUGCAGCAGUUGGGGGAGCAGGUAGACGCCCCAUGCUCAUCAAGCAGGAGAAGAUGAUGGGCAGCCCAGACGGCUACCCAGAAAAAAUGGGACCAAUGAGCAGAGGUAUGGUUCCCCAGAAGUCCCCCAUGGGGGGUUCAGGGGACUGGGGCAUGCCGUGCUCCGGUGCCAGCUCUGCAGGCUCUGCAGGACAUCCAUCCAUGAUGCGCUCCGGCAUGGACUACAGCAGCGGCAAGAGCUUGAUGUCAGGACCCUUGGUGGGCCGCUCCAACAGUGUGCCAGGCACCAGGUCAAUGCUGCAGCAGCAGCUCAUGGAUAUGGGAAGUUCUGGUGACAUGGGUAUGAGUCCCUUCAGUCAGCAGGGCCAUCCCGGCCAGUCCCCUUCCUGGCCGGACUCCAUGAUCGGCAUUGAGGGUAACAGACGCCAGUUUGGCAGCUCCUUGGAUGAUCUCCUGGUUCCUCCCACCACCAGUGAGGGUCAGAGCGAUGAGCGGGCCCUUCUGGACCAGCUGGAUUCACUGCUCAAUAAUACUGACGGCAUCGCUUUGGAGGAGAUCGACCGAGCUCUGGGCAUCCCAGACCUUGUAAGCCAGACCCAGGGAUCAGAGCAGCAGCUGGAGCCGUUCCCAGGGCAGGACCCGUCCAUGCUGCUGGACCAGAAGCCUCUCUACGGGCAGGGCUAUCCCGGACCCCCCGCCAUGCCCAUGCAAUCUGGCUACGGUGGGAACCCCAUGCAGGGCCAGGGCCAGCAGGGGGGAUUUGGACCCAUGCUCUCGCAAAUGGGCCAAGCCGGUAACUUCCCCGGUAUGGCUGCGCUGGGGGGCAUGGGACACCCUCGCGCCAACUUGAUGAGACCAAGGAUGAUGAACCCAAAUAAACCCAUGAGGCUCCAGCUGCAGCAGAGGCUGCAGGGACAGCAGUUUAUGAAUCAGACGCGGCAGGGCAUGGGCAUGAAGAUGGAGAACCCUGGGGGGAACCCCGGCAUGAGGACUGCUAUGCAGCCCGGCAUGGGAGGACAGCCGGGCUUCCUAAAUGCUCAGAUGAUGGCUCAGCGCAGCAGAGAGGUGGUCACCAUGCAGAUGAGGAGGCAGCGCAUGAUGAUGUUGAUGCAGCAGCAACAGCAGCAGCAGGCGGCAGCAGCUGCCGCUGCAGCUGCUGGAGGGUUCAGUCCCCCUCCCAACGUCACGGCUCCUGGCGGCAUGGACAACCCCAUGGCAGGGCCAAUCAUGGGCCAGCCGGUGCCUCAGCAGUUCGGCUACGGUGGCAACUACGGAAUGGGCCAGCAGGGAGACCCUUCUUUUGGCCCGUCUGGUGCCAGUCCUCCAAACGCCAUGAUGCCCAGCCGCCUGGGGCCUCAAAACCCCAUGAUGCAACAGCACUCACAAGGUGGUCCCAUGUAUCAGGGCGCUGACAUGAAAGGCUGGUCGCAGGGAAGCAUGGGACGCAACAGUUCGUACCCUCCGCAGCAGUUUGGGCAGCAGGGAAAUCCAGGGCAGUAUGGAGGCAUGAUGAUGAACGGGGGCAUGCCGUCCAGUGGAGGAGGAAGUCACAUGGGCCAGAUGGCUGGACAGAUGGGAAUGAACCCAAUGGUUAUGGGACGAAUGCCUAUGGGGCCUGAUCAGAAAUACUGCUGAGUGCCGUGGCAGAAGCUUUUGUCUCACUGUGACCUCCACCCAUGGACAGGAGACGGCUGCAGCGCUGCUGUGUCUGGAGCAGGCGGGACAUGUUGCAUCUUUGUGUGUUGUGUUUCACUCCCACCAGAAGGGGGACUAACAGCAGAUAGUCAAGUCUGGCUGCUGGAGGGGAAAAAAACAGUGUCACAGAAAAAUCAGACAGACUUGGACAAGACACACAAAGAUUGUCAGAGAGAGUUGUUUGGAUCCUCUUGUAGAAUUUGAUAAUCAAGCAGCGUGUUCCUGUGUCCGCUCACCCCUCGCUGGAUCACAUGUGGAAACGUGUUUAGACAUCCUCUUUGUUGUCGAAUGUACCAUAAAGCUGUAAUCUGAUUUAACAUGCAGAUUUUGAACUGUGUGGGAUCAGGCGUCUCUCUGCUGCCUCUGGAGGAUCUUUGUAAACGCAGCUCAUGUUGAUGAGUCGUCACAGUGCGACGCUCACGUGAAUGUCUUUUACGCAGUAGCACAUAGUUUUGUCCUCCAGGAUGCCGCUAAGUAUGACUGAAUUACUUGUUGGCUGAUUGCACUUUAAGGAAAAAGCCAACAUCAAAAGGAUUGUGGCAAUAUAGAGGCCUUGACCCAAGAAUAAGCAGCAGAUAUUAUUUCCUGUUCAUUUUUGUGUAUUUAAUCCCCGAGUUUUCCUUUUUUUAGAAGAUGGUUGGAGAUGGGUGUCCUUGGCAGUCUUUGCUCCAAAGUGGGAAGCGGCAGAAAGGCAAUAAGCACAGAUUUUAUCCAAUAAGCUCAUCAAGCUUGUAUUAAUUUGUAAAAAAUAAAUAAAUAAAUAAAUAAAAAUAGAAGAACAGAAACAUUUUGGAGUAAUUUUAAAAUCCCUCUUGAAACAAACAAGCUUGUACUGAUAAGUGUUUCCACAGAUUCGUGUAGCGGUCGUUUUAUUGUACAAGAGGUCAUUUUUAACCUCUGAAAACUAAAAUAUGGAUGUUUCGGUGACAUUUCUUUACUACAAGCUCAAAAAAAAGGAUUGCCAGCUAUGAAAUUAGAUUUUCUCACAUUUAAUAGGAUAGAGUUGGGUAUGUUUGUAGGGGUGCUGGUCUUAAGCAAUAAUUCUUCCUUCUGGUUUUCCUCUGAGGACAGAGCUGAAGUAUCGUGUACUCGAAGUGAAAGUACUGCAGUAUUAUACCCAAAAUGUUUUUCUUUUUUUCCUGUUUUCUGUUAAUAUUAAUUGUACAUAUGCUUCAAAUGUACUAUAUAUAAAUAUAUAUGCUUUUGUAGGUCACAUACUGUUUUUGCACAGAUUGUAAGGCUUGGUAUUUAAAAGUGGAAUUUUCUUAUUCUGUCAUAGGUCAGCUUUUAUUUUCAAUACUUUUGUCUGGGAAAGAAGGGCCUCUUUUUGUAAGCACCAUGUGUAGAUUUUCUUUCUUACUGCCACUUUUCCUCUGUCAGAAAGCACUUUUUUAUUUGUGAUCAUUUAAAUCAUGAACUUCUUAUAUUCUUAGGAUGUAGUCUUGGCUAACGAGGUGCUAGUGGGUUAUUAUCCUCUUUUAUUUUCCUGUGAAAAAGAAAAAUAACACAAAAUCUGCCUAUAAAUAAAAAGAGUUGACUGAUGAUUGUUUUCUGCGAGGGGCCCAGAUGUCUUACCAAUAUGUGAGGUUGAUGUUUUCUGAGCUUGACCUCUUCUUCCAUGUGCGACUGACGCUGCUGAGGUUUCAGCUCUGCUGGUUGUGCUUCAAUUAUGAGACUUCACCAGUCAGUCUCGCUGUUUUAACUGUGAGUCCGUGUGGUUUAAUCCUGACAGAGGCCACCAAGUAAAGGCCCGAGAUCCCCUUUUUACCUGUCAGUCAGUUGAUGGUCAGCUCCUUUUUAAACAUUUUUUUUUCUUUAGUUUACCUUUUGUUGUACUUCCUGUGAAGCUUUUGUUGAUAAAUCUACCUUUGAACUCAUGCUCAAUCCAAAGAUUUUUGUUUGUCCUUCUGUAGUGCAUAGAAACAGUUUCUGACGUAGCUUGUACAAGUAUUUGCGUGCUUUUACUGUUGCACAUAACCUAUAAUAUUCAUGAAGCUAAGUUUAAUCACAUAUAUUGUAUUCUCAUCUGUAUGAACUAGAGUAGAGAUGAGUGGUUUCUGCCGAGUGGUUUGAAUUUUUUUUUGUGAUCGUUUCUUUCUUCUUUGUAAACCUUAAUGGCCAGUUGAUUUGGUGGUGCUGCAAACCGUGAUUUCACAAGCGAAUGUUCUUUCGAGCUUGAGAGGAACUUUCAUCCGUGGUUGAUGUCCUUUACGUCUCAUGAUGAUAGGCUGGAGUUGUUUCUUUAAUUCCUCAAUCUCGGUGAAAAAUAUGGAUCCGCAAAUAAUGACAAAAAAAAGUGGGCUUUUCUUGUUUUGUUUUUUGUUUUUUUCAAUUAAAUGUGCUGCAUUGCUGCAGCUCUGGAAAAGAGAAAACAUAUCUGGGAAACAUGUGAUCAUUUAGAAGAUGUAAAAUACUGUUGCAUUUUUUUCUUACCUUGUUUCUUGAUGUUAAUA